UAUCCCUAUUAUAUAUAGCAAAAACCUUAGUCCAAAUCCUUCAAAUUUGUGUCAACCUUUAUUAAAAAGACAUAAAUAAAAACAACACCAACUUGGUCCUUCUUCUUCUUAGCACAUAACAAUGGCGAUGGCUUUCAAAAUGGCUACUACUGGGAUGUGGGUAACAGAUGAGUGCAAGAAUUCAUUCAUGGAGAUGAAGUGGAAAAAGGUACAUAGAUACAUAGUUUUCAAGAUCGAUGAAAGGUCAAGGCUUGUGACCGUUGAUAAGGUUGGUGGUCCUGGAGAAAACUAUGGUGAUCUUGCUGCUUCUUUGCCUAAAGAUGAUUGUAGAUAUGCUGUCUUUGAUUUUGAUUUUGUCACUGUUGAUAACUGCCGCAAAAGCAAGAUCUUCUUCAUUGCAUGGUCACCAGCAGCAUCAAGGAUAAGAGCAAAGAUUCUAUACGCAACAUCAAAGGAUGGGUUGAGAAGAGCUUUGGAUGGAAUCUCUUAUGAGCUUCAAGCAACUGAUCCAACUGAGAUGGGAUUUGAUGUAAUUCAAGACAGAGCAAAAUAGAUGCCAUGCCAUUGCCAUUGCCAAUGCCCCUUUUUUGAGUCUGAAUCAGACUCCUUAAUUAAGUGCCAAGCUAAUCAAUUAUCCUGCCAAUCUUACUGUUUUAUAAUAAUAAUAAUUAUUAUAAUUUUAUAAUCAAGUAACUCUAAUCCAAUGACUCUAUGACAUGUUCUCUAUUUUGUUUUAUUUUGAUGGUAGUCUUUUAAUUAAAAUGUUGGAAUUUGGCACCAUUUGUGAUGUAAGUGGGGUAUCUAAUCUUUAAUUUUUAGUCAAUAAUAAUCAAUUAAGUUAUUGUAUAUGAUUGUUGGGUGUAUGAUAAGUUAAUGGCAACAAACUUUUGGUUUUAUUA